AUGACUCCACGUAUUUCUUGGCUUUCUGUCGCGAUCGCCCUUGGAGGUCUGUCGACCUGCGCCGCGCAAGCAGUGGACGACCUGUGCUCCGGCUGGUUCUGGUACCCCCCGACAUCUCGCGGAGACUACCAAAGCUGCCCGACUGGCAAGAUCAAUGGCACAAUCGGUAUUGACCCGGACUCGGGGCCCAUUAUUCUCCCCAACCUCGUCACCCUGAAUGGCACGCUGCAGCUCAAGCGGACUUGGGGUGAGAUUACCUCCGUCAGUGCGCCUGAUCUUGAGAGCGCGAACGCGCUGGACUUUGCCGAUAUAAUGGUGGGCGGCUUAGACCGAAUCUCAUUUCCUCGUUUGCGGAACGUGUCGGAGCGUAUAUCUUUUAGGGGGACGACGAGGGAUGCGACUGCUGAGUUUCCGGUGCUGGAACAUGCUGGGUCUAUCGCUAUCGAAGAACACUUGCUUCAGUACGCACGUUAA